GCAGGGGGGUGGGGCCCUGAGGACUUUGCGCCAGAGUGGACUUUGUCGCUGCGCUGCAGCAGGGCCGUGUUCAUGCAGGGCGCACGGGAGAGGGUAUCUCCGUGAAUUUUAUACUUAGUCUUUCCGGGCACCGAAGUAUCACGUGGGCGGGGGAUCUGGGUCAGUUCCCACGUGAUUCGCUCGUCUGAACUUUCUUUCGCAACUUCGGAGCUCCCUCCUUUCUCCCUCCCUUUUGUAAGAAUUCGUCCCUCUCCCGACGUGCUCUUUUCUCCGCUUUGUACCAUGGUGGAUGGCAUUCGUUCCCAGCGCUGCUAAGGAAAACCCACCCGAAUGGCCGUGACUCUGCGACUGACAGCAGAGAGAGCUGGCUGUGUUGUCUGUGUUUCUUCCUCGCGCGUUACCAGCGGCGCUCUCGGACCUUUGUCCCAAGGACCCUGGAGCGGCAGUGGGAUCCUCUUGACUCCCGACCCAGGCAUUGUUCUCUGCCAUGGAGCCAUCUUCUCCCCUUUCCUCCUGGCCUCUGAGUACCAAGACUGGCCCCAGCGCAAUGUCUUGCUGGCUGAUAGCUUCUCCCCAGACAUCCAGAUCCAGGUGCUUAGGCCAGGCGAACGCUGCUGCAAAACUAGUAAGAAUUGGCUAGGUGGAGACAUGGGGGACAACAUCUCAGUUCUGAGGUUCAACCCACUUUCAAAUCGGCAUGAGACACCUGGUGACAUGAAACGCCACAAGGCCGAACUCAUGAUGAUGGUCCCCUGUCUGCAGUUCCAGGAUGCUUUCUCCAGAGUCUUUAGUGCUUCUGAACAAUGGCAUUUUGGCAGAGAUGUGGCUGAACAGGAAUCCAAUGUGCUUGUGGAUGAUGUGCGUUUCCUGCACUGGUUUGCCCUGCUGAGAAUCCUGGAUUGCGAUUUCCACGGUGUGGGUUGGGUGAGCUGUGUGCCAGCCAAAAUGCUGAGGAAGGGAGAUCCGGUCUUUACCUGUGGCUCCCCUUUUGGGUCAUUUUGCCCCGACAUCUUCAUGAACACCCUUAGCAAAGGGAUAGUGAGCAACAUGGCCGGAGAAAGCAACACUCUGAUCCUGACUGAUGCUCGGUGCUUGCCUGGCACUGAAGGUGGAGGUGUCUAUGCGAUAUUGGGAAGUAGCCUUCACUUAGUUGGAAUAAUUGUAGCUCCACUUUGUUGGAAAUCCAAUGAAUGGGUUGGCCUAACACUGGUUUGUGCCAUCAGCAAUAUUCUGGAUUAUAUUGGGAGUAUCCUUUCUGGGCCUCACCAGUCUCUGAAAACCUGGUUGAACCCCAUGCAACUUGUGACCAAGGCUCAUAGUAAUGUGGUAGCCAGAGAUGGUCUGAAUGAGCAAAUGCUGUCUGCUGUGGUUCUGGUGGAACAUGGCCUGACCUGGGGAUCUGGUGUUAUGGUGAAUUCAAAGCUUGUGUUGACCUGUCGACAUGUGGCUAAUGGAGCAUCGCAUGUCUGUGUAAGGGUACAGCCCAGCCUGGAAAAGGCUACUGUAGCUAACGGGAAAGUGGUGUUUGCUACCAAGGACUCUUCUCCCUAUGACAUAGCACUGCUGGAAUUAGAGCAAGGUUUAUCCACUUUUGCAGAGCCUGGGCUGGCAUCAGAGAUUUAUACAGGAGAAGAUGUGAGUAUUGUUGGCUUUGGUGUCUUUGGUGAGACCUGCGGCCCAUCGGUAACAUCAGGGAUCCUGUCAGCGGUGAUCACUGUGGAAGAUGAGCCUGUGAUGCUUCAGGCAACCUGUGCAGUUCAUGGUGGCUCAAGCGGGGGAGCCCUCUUUGCCACACACAGCGGGAAACUCCUAGGUAUCGUUGCCAGCAACACCAGGGAUAACAGCAUGGGAGUGACAUACCCUCACCUGAACUUCAGCAUUCCCAUUACUGUCCUGCAGCCAGCCCUCAUGGAAUACAUUCAGAGCAGAAGCCUGUCUGGCUUCCAGGAACUAGACAGGGUGGCCGACCAGAUCCAGGUUGUCUGGAGGCUCCAAAGAGAACCCGUGGAAGUACCACUCAGCAAGCUCUAAGGAGCUUCAGAAGAGAGAAGAAACGUAUUGCUUAUCCAUGUCCCGAACUAUGUCAGGAUGGGGCAGGGAUGCUUGUAUUAUGGGGAUACCCAAUCAAUCAUGCUUAGGGGUUAACUUCAAUUUUUUUAGGUGGUUUUUCUUGGCUAGAGAUGGGUUUUGAUUUCACUAGAACUUUCUCCCCACCUUAUUUCCUAUUAUACAACGAACUGUGUCCUUCACUUCUUCAAUCUCACUCAAGCACCAAAACAUCUUCUGUUCCCUUAAACAAUGCUGCCUGUUCUCCCUUGCUGGGAACUCUGUUGUUUCCAUGUGCCUUCUGCCAAUCCUUUUUCAAAACCCACAUUUUCUGUAGAGCCUUUGAUUUUACUCCAUAGUUGCCCCCAUGCCCCUAAGAAAGGGAACCUGUAUGUUAUUGGUCUCCAGCUCCCAUCAGCACGGCCAACGGUCGGGUAUGAUGGGGAUUAUAGUCCGGCAAUAUCCAGAGGGCCACAGGUUCCCCAGUCCUUCCUUACUACCUCUUGCAAAAAAACCACUGAAAACAAAGACUGAAUGCAGCUGCAUUUGCUCAUAUCCAUCCCCUGGUAGCCUUAUCUUUUCCUUCUCUCCCUCUGUUGCCUUCAUGCACAGAUGAAGUUCAGACUGUUAAGCUCCCCAAGGAACCUGUCCUUAUUUUGAUUAUAGUACUAUAUAAAUAAACAGCAACAUAAGCAAUCGGCUGACUACUUUUAUCAGUUGGUUGCAGUGUCUGUGCUUGCCACCAGAUGGUGCCAGUGUUCCAGACAUAACUGAUAGUGUUUUUCCUUUCAGUUUGUAGAAGUUGAUUUGAACUUUUACGUUUGCAGUUGGUAAUCUUUUAUGUAGAAGUUGUUAACCAUGAUCCCUUGUCUAUGAAAUGGAAUUAGGCUAUUUCAGCUCCUCCUUCUUGCUGAUUCUCUUUAGAUCAUUCAUUGGUCACUGGCUUUUCUAUGCAACUGUGAGCUCCACCCAUAGAAAAUGGGUCUCUUUUCUUAACAGCCACAGAUGAGAGGAGUGAUUUAAAAGGCCCUGAUUGGGUCCAGGGAGAUCAACUCUCUUUCCACAAUGGCUCUCUUCUACCUUCACUGUUAGAGGCAGUGUGUCUCUGAAUACCAGUUGCUGAGAAUCACAUGUGGGGAGAGAGCUGUUGCACCCAGCUCCUUUUGGGGGGCUUCCCAUAGGCAACUGCAUGGCCACUGUGAGAACAUAAUGCUGACUAGAUGGGCUUUUGGCCCGAUUCAGCAAGGCUGCUCUUGUGUUCCGUGUGGACUUUACGGUACAAUUUAAACAAAAAACAAUCUGUAUUGGCCAUUCUUUUAUUUUCAGCAUUAUACUGCAAAUGCUGCAGUAAUAGGAUAAUAGCCUUUUGCCAUGUAGUACUCAAGAGGACUCAUGGGGGCUCAUAUCCUCUUUAAAAAAAAAAAAAGGUAAAGUGCAAGGCUACUUUUUUUACUUCUCAGCAAGAGACUGACUCAAAACAAUCUUUUAAGUUUUCCCUUAGGAAUGAAAUUGAUUAAGCCUGCCUGCAAUGCAGUCUAGUCCAUUUCAACACUCCAUUGAUUUAGGAAAAGGCCAGGAGAUGCAGCUGCAAUUAGGGAAGCCAACAUUUUCCUCUGUGUGAGCCUCUCUCUCCUUGCCUGUUUUAUGUUUGUUCAAUGCCAAGCUUCCCAUGCUGAAUUGGAGUCAUAGCCACAAUAGUCAGAAAGAUAAGUUGUAUUACAUAAUUAUUGUCUGUAUGUAGCCUGUGCAGUGGGAAUGAUGGUGGUGAGUGCUUCUUGCUACCCUAUCAAUGUCUAAUAGAUACAGUGCUGAGGGAAAACUUUUUGAAUGCUUUGCUGGGUACAGAUAAUCUCUUCUGUUCACCUGUAGGAAAAGGUCACAGCCAACACAAUAAACACACUUUUCAUCUGACAGACCUGAAUUUCUGGAGGGACAUACACAAAUAUGACAUAACUUCAUAGAAUCCAUUAGUUUGGGGAGCUAAAGUGAGCAAAGUCCUAGGGAUGGAAGAUGGUAUGUACAAUAUCCAUUUGUCUCCCAACCUUCCAGUCUUGUCAAGACAAAUGUCCACACAAGGAGCACAAUUGCCUUAGAAGAAAAUGAAGACUUCUUGAGACUAUAUCUCAAGCAAGCGUAGCUCCUUCUCCUUUGAGCCAUAAAUAUUUCUGGCUGUAGCUUCUUCCAGCUGUGGCUGUAGAGAGAAAUGUUGUGUGUCUGUAAAUGAUGUUAGAAAUGUUGAGAGUUUCCCCCCCUGGUGGUGGUGGUAGGGGAAGAGAUCACCAGUGAAGUCAAUGUGAACACUCUGUUGCCUUGUUCAGAAAAAAACAUAAGAGUCAUGCUGAAUCAGUUUGAAGGCCCAUCUAGUCCAGUAUCCUGUUCUCACAGUAGCCAACCAAAUGGAAAGCUGGCAAGCAGGACCUGAGUCCAACUGCACUCUUCCCAUUUGUGUUUUCCAGCAACUGGCAGUGGAGGUAGAACAUAGCCAUUAUGGCUAGUAGCAUUUGAUAGCCUUUUCCUCCACAAACUAGUCUAAUAAUCUUUUAAAGCCAUCCAAGUUGGUGGCCAUCAUAUAUCGUGGGAGCGAAUUCCAUCAUUUAAACUGUGCGCUGAGUGAAAAAGUACUUUUGUCUGUCCUGAAUCUUCUAACAUCCAGCUUCUCUGGAUGGUCCACAGGUUCCAGUAUUAUGAAGAGGGAAACAUCUUGUUUUCUGCUUCCUAAGAAUGCCUUUUUUGCUCUUACCUUUUUUUAUAAAAUCAUCUCUCACUUCUGUAGAAUGCUCUUUGGUCUUCAUUUUCCUCAGAUCCACAGCCUGACCACCGAUCCUUCAACAGUGGGGUUUUUAUCCUGACAAUGUGACAGCAACUGUAAUGGGUCACAGGUGGAGGCCAAUGGUAGGGUAACUGUGUCCUCGAUAGGGCAAUUUCUUUCAUCUGUGUAAACUGGGAGCUUCCACAGCACAGGGGUUGAAUACUUAUGCAAGCAACAUGUUUCAGUUUUUUAUGUUUCUUACAAACACUUCCCAAAAUAAAAGCUAUGUCACCUUACAAUAAUUGAUUUUGAGUUUCAGU